GCCCGAGCCCUGCGCCCUGCCUUCGUCCCCGACGUCCUCCCCGCCGCCGCUGCAGCCCAAGGCCGCGAGGGGCGGCGACGGGCCUCGGGCGGAAAAGGCGGCCGCGGAGAAGGCGACCCCGCCGCCCACCCUGUACGUGCAGCUCCACGGAGAGACCACCCGGCGGCUGGAGGCGGACGAGAAGCCACUGCAGAUCCAAAAUGACUACCUCUUCCAGCUGGGAUUCGGGGAGUUGUGGAGGGUGCAGGAGGAAGGCAUGGACUCGGAGAUCGGCUGCCUCAUCCGCUUCUAUGCAGGAAAACCUCACAGCACUGGUAGUUUGGAACGGAUUCAACUCUCAGGAAUGUAUAAUGUUCGUAAAGGCAAAAUGCAGUUGCCAGUGAACCGAUGGACAAGACGCCAAGUCAUCCUGUGUGGGACCUGCCUAAUAGUAUCAUCUGUAAAAGACAGCGUGACCGGAAAGAUGCAUGUUCUGCCACUAAUUGGUGGAAAAGUAGAAGAAGUGAAAAAGCACCAGCACUGUUUAGCAUUUAGCUCCUCUGGACCCCAAAGCCAGACUUACUACAUUUGUUUUGAUACUUUCACAGAGUAUUUAAGGUGGCUUCGACAAGUCUCCAAGGUUGCAUCACAGCGUAUUAGCUCAGUGGACCUCUCGUGUUGUAGCCUGGAGCAUCUGCCUGCCAACCUCUUCUACAGCCAAGACCUCACUCAUCUCAAUUUAAAACAAAACUUCCUAAGGCAAAACCCCAGCCUACCAGCUGCCAGAGGGCUCAAUGAACUGCGAAGGUUCAGCAAGUUGAAGAGUCUUAACCUUUCCAAUAAUCAUCUAGGAGACUUCCCGUUAGCAGUGUGCAAUAUUCCAACCCUGACAGAGCUGAAUGUGUCCUGCAACGCCUUGAGAGCAGUUCCAGCCGCCGUCAGAGUCAUGCACAAUUUACAGACAUUUUUGUUGGAUGGAAAUUUUCUCCAGUCACUUCCUGCUGAGUUGGAGAACAUGCACCAGCUUAGUUAUCUUGGUCUUUCUUUCAAUGAAUUCACUGACAUUCCAGAGGUAUUGGAGAAAUUGACUGCUGUGGAUAAACUUUGUAUGUCUGGAAACUGUAUGGAGACUCUGAGGCUACAGGCUUUAAGAAAAAUGCCUCACAUUAAACAUGUGGAUCUAAGAUUAAACAUAAUUAGGAAGUUAAUAGCAGAUGAAGUGGACUUCCUGCAGCAUGUCACUCAGCUUGACCUGCGUGACAAUAAACUGGGUGAUCUAGAUGCUAUGAUUUUCAACAACAUUGAAGUUCUGCACUGUGAAAGGAAUCAACUGGUAACAUUGCGCAUUUGUGGCUAUUUCCUAAAAGCACUGUAUGCCUCUUCUAAUGAACUUGUUCAACUUGAUGUUUACCCAGUUCCAAAUUAUCUGUCCUACAUGGAUAUUUCAAGGAACCGCUUAGAAAAUGUGCCUGAGUGGGUAUGUGAAAGCCGAAAGCUGGAAGUUUUGGAUAUUGGCCGUAAUCAAAUAUGUGAGCUUCCUGCACGCUUGUUUUGUAAUAGUAGUCUUCGGAAACUACUGGCAGGACACAACCAGCUGACAAGGCUACCUGAAAGGCUAGAAAGAACCUCAGUGGAGGUCUUGGACGUGCAACACAACCAGCUCCUUGAACUGCCGCCCAACCUUCUGAUGAAGGCUGACAGCCUGAGAUUCCUGAAUGCAUCUGCGAACAAACUGGAAACCCUCCCUCCAGCCACACUUUCUGAAGAGACAAGCAGCAUCUUACAAGAGUUGUAUUUGACAAAUAACAGCCUCACAGAUAAGUGUGUGCCCUUGUUAACAGGGCACCCCCAUCUGAAGAUCCUCCACAUGGCCUAUAACCGACUUCAAAGUUUCCCAGCAAGUAAAAUGGCAAAACUAGAGGAACUUGAGGAAGUUGAUAUCAGUGGGAAUAAACUGAAAGCCAUCCCGACCACCAUCAUGAGCUGCAGGCGCAUGCACACCGUGAUCGCUCACUCCAAUUGCAUUGAAGUCUUUCCUGAGGUUAUGCAGCUCCCAGAAAUUAAGUGCGUGGACCUGAGCUGUAAUGAGCUAAGCGAAGUCACUUUACCAGAAAACCUGCCUCCAAAACUGCAAGAACUAGACCUGACUGGAAACCCCCGACUUGCCCUCGAUCACAAAACCCUGGAACUGCUGAAUAAUAUCCGUUGUUUCAAGAUUGACCAGCCUUCAGCAGGAGACGCCUCAGGAGCCCCAGCCGUAUGGAGCCAUGGUUACACUGAAGCUUCCGGGGUGAAAAACAAGUUGUGUGUUGCUGCCCUGUCAGUGAACAACUUCUGUGACAACCGGGAGGCCCUGUAUGGUGUAUUUGAUGGAGACCGCAAUGUGGAGGUGCCCUACCUUCUCCAGUGCACCAUGAGUGACAUUCUGGCUGAAGAACUACAGAAAACAAAGCAUGAAGAAGAGUACAUGGUCAAUACAUUCAUUGUUAUGCAAAGGAAACUGGGAACUGCUGGGCAGAAACUUGGAGGUGCUGCUGUCCUUUGUCAUAUCAAGCAUGACCCUGUGGACCCAGGUGGGUCCUUCACCUUGACCUCAGCUAACGUGGGCAAGUGCCAGACGGUUCUCUGUCGGAACGGGAAGCCAUUACCUCUGUCUAGAUCUUACAGCAUGAGCUGUGAGGAAGAACUGAAGAGAAUCAAACAGCACAAGGCCAUCAUCACAGAGGACGGCAAGGUGAAUGGCGUGACCGAGUCCACCCGCAUCCUGGGCUACACGUUCCUCCACCCCAGCGUGGUGCCUCGUCCCCAUGUGCAGUCCGUGACGCUGACCCCACAGGAUGAGUUCUUCAUCCUCGGCAGCAAGGGCUUGUGGGACAGCCUGUGCAUCGAGGAGGCCGUGGAGGCCGUGCGGAACGUGCCUGACGCCCUGGCCGCUGCCAAGAAGCUGUGCACCCUGGCCCAGAGCUAUGGCUGCCACGACAGCAUCAGUGCGGUGGUGGUACAGCUCAAUGUCACCGAGGACAGCUUCUGCUGCUGUGAGCUCAGUGCCAGCGGGGCAGUACCUCCGCCCAGCCCAGGCAUCUUCCCCUCCUCCGUCAACAUGGUCAUCAAGGACCGGCCCUCUGACGGGCUGGGCGUGCCCUCCUCCAGCAGCGGCAUGGCCUCGGAGAUCAGCAGCGAGAUCUCCACCUCGGAGAUGAGCAGCGAGGUGGGGUCGACAGCCUCUGACGAGCCCCCCUCCGGAGCCCUGAACGAGAGCAGCCCCGCGUACCCCAGUGAGCAGCGCUGCAUGCUUCAUCCCAUCUGCCUCUCCAACUCCUUCCAGCGUCAGCUGUCCAGUGCCACCUUCUCCAGCGCCUUCUCUGACAAUGGGCUUGACAGUGAUGAUGAACAGCCCAUCGAGGGCGUCUUCACCAAUGGCAGCCGGGUGGAGGUGGAGGUGGACAUCCACUGUAGCCGGGCCAAGGAGAAGGAGAGGCAGCAGAGCCUGCUACAGGUGCCAGCUGAGGCCAGCGAUGAGGGCAUUGUCAUCAGUGCCAACGAGGACGAGCCCGGACUGCCCAGAAAAGCAGACUUUUCUGCAUUGGGGACCAUUGGGCGCCGGAGGGCUAAUGGCUCAGUAGCACCCCAGGAAAGGAGCCACAAUGUGAUAGAGGUGGCCACGGAUGCACCUCUCCGAAAGCCUGGGGGCUACUUUGCUGCCCCAGCUCAGCCGGAUCCUGAUGACCAGUUUAUCAUACCCCCAGAGCUGGAAGAAGAAGUCAAAGAAAUCAUGAAGCAUCACCAGGAACAGCAGCAGCAGCAGCAGCAACAACCGCAGCUACAGCAGCAGCCACCGCAGCGGCAGUAUCCGAUGGACCAGCUGCUGGACUAUUACGAUACACCACUAUGACCUGGUCUGAACACUAUUUACAAAUAAACUAACCAAGAAAGACCGUGUUGCAAGAGUCUCCUAGGCUCACAUUAAACCAGGGGUUUUACUCCACCUCCUUCUCCCACUUCCCUCCCCCAACCUGUCUUUGCAGCUAAUCUGUAGGUUCUCUUUCUUUCCUGUUGUUUUUUUUUUUUUUUAAUAGUAAUUACCACUUUUCUUCUAGUGAUGCUUUACCAAUAUGAUUUAAAUUUGUUAACUUCUUCCCCUAACAUAUCAGAUGUGUAAAGACAAAGAACAAAAGUUUUAAUAUAUUACAGAGAAACAGUUAAUGUAAUAUUUUUUAAAAUGGCUUUUUGUUGUUUCGUUUGUUCGGAAGGCAAGGCAGGUUGCAAGUGCGAAAUGAUGUAGUAAUGUAAUUCUGUAUUUCUUUAGGGGAAAGGUUUUUUUUGUUUUUUUGUCUUGAAAAUGAUAGACAUUUGUAGAAUAUGGAGACUAACUCCUAGGAGUUGCUUUACUCUGUCAGGUGACUUAAGUCACUGGGACUCACUAAUUUUCUCUGCGAGAACAGUUGAUUGAGAUAUUUCUAUUGUAAACAGCUCAGUGUUGUAUAAUGAUGCUUAAAACGUUUUGUAGUCUCGGCAUAAGGACACAGCCUAAAUGACUGACUUUCCUCUUCCCCCCUCUGCCCACCCCUUCCUCGUAACCCACCUUUAGUUCCUGACAUGAUGAGGCUGAGCAGCUAGAGCCUCGCUCUUCACGAAAGGGCGAUCGAUCGUAGGCCACAAGACGGGAACCUGCGCCCAGGAGUCUCUGAACCACCCCCCCAACCGCCCCUACCCCUAGACUCCGAGACACUUUUUAAUUGUGUCCCUUACUGCUGCCACAUCAGCAUGACUGUAUAGGGUUUAACUAGAUUAUUUACAUACCAAGAGUUCUAUUAAAGCAGAAUGCACAAAUUGAACAAGUCAUAAUUUUUGUUAUAAUAAACAUAAAAUUUACAAGUA